AUGUCUGAGACGGAUCCUGGAUUCAUCGCGGCGGUGGAGGAAGCACGACAAGGUUUCAGCGAAGGCGGCGUUCCAAUCGGAGCGUGUCUCGUCUCCAAGGACGGCAAGAUUCUCGGCCGAGGACACAACAUGCGAGUUCAAAAGGGUAGCGCGACUUUACAUGGCGAAAUCUCGGCACUCGAAAAUUCAGGUCGACUGCCUGCUUCUGCGUACGCCGGUGCGACAAUGUACACCACCCUGUCUCCCUGCGACAUGUGCACGGGCGCGUGUGUCAUGUACAAGGUGGCCAGAGUGGUGAUUGGCGAGAACAAGACCUUCGUGGGCGGGGAGGAGUACCUCAAAAAGCGAGGCAUCGAGGUCGUGGUGUUCGAGAAUCAAGAGUGCAUGGGUCUGAUGAAGAAGUUCAUCGAGGAGAAGCCGCGGGUAUGGUACGUUGAGACUCUCCCUCCCACUCUCCCACUCUCUCUCCCCCCCGUAUUGAUCCCUGCCUAUGUUCUUCUCGAGUCAUCGUCGCCGCCGCUGACGUGUCUACAAUGUUCUAAUAACGGCAUCCACAGGAACGAAGAUAUAGGUGAAGACUGA